GAUCCUCCCGCCGCGACCUCCGAGCGGCUGGGAUCAGGCGUGAAUCACCGCGCCCGGGCUUUAUAUUUCGUUUUGAAAAUGCUGAGAUGGACGCAAAGGGCUGAGUGCUCAGUGUCCGCCAGCCACCCUCAGUUGCGGCUUCCGUCCAAAGAAGGAAUCGCACUCCCUGCUGGGGCCACUAACAGCACUAACACGAUCCGAGUGGCAUCUGCAAAGCUCGGGAACGGCGGCGACAGAUGGGAAGACGCGAGGGAGCCUGGGGGCCCUCAGGAGAGCCGCGCACCCUCGCGGCCGACUCAGCCAGCACGCGCACCCUCCUACCCAGACCCGGGCCGUCUGCCAGGACUCUCUGGCCCGCACCUCUAUGGUAGGAAACCCAGAAAACAGGAAGUGGCCUCGAGAGGGGCAUGGGAGGGGCGGGGCCUCCGAGGGGCGGGGCCUCCGCCACCACCUCCGCUGCGGACCCAGGCUGGAUGGCGGCCACCGAGGGGGUUGGGGAGGCUGCGCAAGGCGGCGAGCCCGGGCGGCCGGAGCAGCCCCCGCCCCAGCCGCACCCACCGCCGCCCCAGCAGCAGCACGAAGAAGAGAUGGCGGCCGAGGCCGGGGAAGCCGUGGCGUCCCCCAUGGACGACGGGUUUCUGAGCCUGGACUCGCCCUCCUACGUCCUGUACAGGGACAGAGCAGAAUGGGCUGAUAUAGAUCCAGUGCCGCAGAAUGAUGGCCCCAGUCCCGUGGUCCAGAUCAUUUAUAGUGACAAAUUUAGAGAUGUUUAUGAUUACUUCCGAGCUGUCCUGCAGCGUGAUGAAAGAAGUGAACGAGCUUUUAAGCUAACCCGGGAUGCUAUUGAGUUAAAUGCAGCCAAUUAUACAGUGUGGCAUUUCCGGAGAGUUCUCUUAAAGUCACUUCAGAAGGAUCUACAUGAGGAAAUGAACUACAUCACUGCAAUAAUUGAGGAGCAGCCCAAAAACUAUCAAGUUUGGCAUCAUAGGCGAGUAUUAGUGGAAUGGCUAAGAGAUCCAUCUCAGGAGCUUGAAUUUAUUGCUGAUAUUCUUAAUCAGGAUGCAAAGAAUUAUCAUGCCUGGCAGCAUCGACAAUGGGUUAUUCAGGAAUUUAAACUUUGGGAAAAUGAGCUGCAGUAUGUGGACCAACUUCUCAAAGAGGAUGUGAGAAAUAACUCUGUCUGGAACCAAAGAUACUUCGUAAUUUCUAACACCACUGGCUACAAUGAUCGUGCUGUAUUGGAGAGAGAAGUCCAAUACGCUCUGGAAAUGAUUAAACUAGUACCACAUAAUGAAAGUGCAUGGAACUAUUUGAAAGGGAUUUUGCAGGAUCGUGGUCUUUCCAAAUACCCUAAUCUGUUAAAUCAAUUACUUGAUUUACAACCAAGUCAUAGCUCCCCCUACCUAAUUGCCUUUCUUGUGGAUAUCUAUGAAGACAUGCUAGAAAACCAGUGUGACAAUAAGGAAGACAUUCUUAAUAAAGCAUUAGAGUUAUGUGAAAUCCUAGCUAAAGAAAAGGACACUAUAAGAAAGGAAUAUUGGAGAUAUAUUGGAAGAUCCCUUCAAAGCAAACACAGCACAGAAAAUGAGUCACAAACAAAUGUACAGCAGUAACACCAUCCAGAAGAACUUGAUGGAAUGCUUUUAUUUUUUAUUAAGGGACACUGCAGGAAUUUAAAACGAGAGUGGUCCCUCCCUUUGCCUGUGGUGUGAAAGUGCAUCACACAGGUAUUGCUUUUUAACAAGAACUGAUGCUCCUUGGGUGCUGCUGCUACUCAGACUAGCUGUAAGUAAUGUGAUUCUUCUAAAGCAAAGUCAUUGGAUGGGAGGAGGAAGAAAAAGUCUCAUAAAGGAACUUUUGUAGUCCUGUCAACGUGUAAUCUAAUCCCUUAGCAUCAACUCCUCCCUCAGUGGUACACAUAUCAAGAUUUGUAGCAGUAAUAACUGCGGGUCACUUGUAUGUAAUGGAUAUGAGGUAGCUGAAGUUUGGUUCAGUAAGCAGGGAAUACAGUGGUUCCAUCAGAGCUGGUCUGCACACUCACAUUAUCUUGCUAUCACUGUAACCAACUAAUGCCAAAAGAAUGGUUUUGUAAUAAAAUUAUAGCUGUAUCUAAAAACA